GCAGGCGCGGCCGCUCUCCGGGCCCGGGACGCGCCGGCCGCGGGGACACUCGGGCAGCGGCGCCGCCCGCCCGCCGCUCCGGGGCCGACCGGGGCCGCAGCGCUCCCGCACCGCGCCACGCCAUGGGCGCCUGAGGCCGCCGCUCCCGCUCACCCCGGGGCCUCUCUCGGGGGUUCCCACCACCGGACACCAUGACGGUGAGGGGGGCCGCGCUGGCCCCCGACCCAGCGUCCCCUACCACCGCGGCCGCCUCGCCCAGCGUGUCGGACGUCCCCGAGGGCAGCCCCACGGCCAUGGAGCAGCCCGUGUUCCUGAUGACCACCGCGGCGCAGGCCGUCUCGGGGGUGUUCGUCUGGACCGCCCUGCUCCUCACCUGCCACCAGAUCUACAUGCACCUGCGCUGCUACAGCCGCCCCAACGAGCAGCGCUACAUCGUGCGCAUCCUCUUCAUCGUGCCCAUCUACGCCUUCGACUCCUGGCUCAGCCUCCUCUUCUUCACCAACGACCAGUACUACGUGUACUUCGGCACCGUGCGGGACUGCUACGAGGCCCUGGUCAUCUACAACUUCCUGAGCCUGUGCUACGAGUACCUCGGGGGCGAGAGCGCCAUCAUGGCUGAGAUCCGCGGGAAGCCCAUCGAGUCCAGCUGCAUGUACGGCACGUGCUGCCUGUGGGGCAGGACCUACUCCAUCGGCUUCCUACGCUUCUGCAAGCAGGCCACACUGCAGUUCUGCGUGGUGAAGCCGCUCAUGGCCGUCAGCACCGUGAUCCUCCAGGCCUUCGGCAAGUACCGUGAUGGCGACUUUGACGUUAGCAGCGGCUACCUCUACGUGACCAUCAUCUACAACAUCUCCGUCAGCCUGGCCCUCUACGCCCUCUUCCUCUUCUACUUCGCCACCCGCGAGCUGCUCAGCCCCUACAGCCCCGUCCUCAAGUUCUUCAUGGUCAAGUCCGUCAUCUUCCUCUCCUUCUGGCAAGGCAUGCUGCUGGCCAUCCUGGAGAAGUGCGGGGCCAUCCCCAAGAUCCAUUCGGCGCGCGUGUCGGUGGGCGAGGGCACGGUGGCCGCCGGCUACCAGGACUUCAUCAUCUGCGUGGAGAUGUUCUUCGCUGCCCUGGCGCUGCGGCACGCCUUCACCUACAAGGCCUACGCCGACAAGCGGCUGGAUGCCCAAGUGCCAACGUACGGCCCUUACGGCCGCUGCGCCCCCAUGAAGAGCAUCUCCAGCAGCCUCAGGGAGACCAUGAACCCGCACGACAUCGUGCAGGACGCCAUCCACAACUUCUCGCCCGCCUACCAGCAGUACACGCAGCAGGCCACGCUCGAACCCGGGCCCGCGCGCUCCCACGGGCUGGUGCGCUCGCACAGCCUGGGCGCCGCGCGCGACCACGAGAAGACGCUGCUGCUCAGCUCCGACGACGAGUUCUAGCACGACGGGGACGGGGACGCGCGCCCGCACCCGGGACCAAGACGAACGGUGCGCCCGCGCCCGGACCAGGAUGCACAGGAUGCACGCCCGCGCCCCGAACCCGGACAGACGCGCGCAGAGCCCCGCGCCGGGACACGCCGCCCGUCGCUUCCAGAGCAGCCGCCAAGAAUAAGCCCCGCCAGCCCCGGCGCGGGCGGCUCCCCGGGACCAGGGACCAGCGCUGAGCCCCCCGCCGCGUUCCCCGGACUCAAACCCCCUACCCGCGCGCGCACGCGUGCACCGUGCAAUGCCGGAUCUGGGCCUGCCCCGCCUGCGCCCUCCAUUCCAGUGGGAGGGCCGCGCUGUGGACCCCCCUUCGCCCCAGGCCCGCCUGGCAUGCUGCAAAGAUGAGAGCCAGACCUCCACGCCCGCCCACAGGCCCCCCGCGCCCACCGUGUUCUCCCUCCGGGGCUCUGUCAGGAGACCUUUGAGGUGGGGGGAGGGCGGCCCCUCUUCCCCGCCCAGCCCCCCCCCACUGCUGCUGGAGGGGGUCUCAGUCAGGCUUUGGGGUUCCAGAUUGGAUUGGGAAGGGGCUGCGGCUCUUCCCACCGGCUCCCCCGGGAGGGCGGGGGUGCUGCUGGGAGGAAGGUCGCAGACACUGGGGUGGGGGGGCAUCCGCAGGGCCUGGGGCGCUGCCUCACGCAGCCCCUGCCCGUCUCCUGUGCCUUAGCCACACACGAAAGCUCCCCCCGUUGCCCCCUCAGUUGCUUUAGGCACCCCCGGCCCCCACCCCAGAGCCACUGGCACUUGGUACCCUGCAGCGUGGGCGGGGGUCCGGGACAGCCGGGCCCACACCCCAACCCCACCCCCCAGGGCUGCCCCCCGUCCUUGCUGGUGCCUGAGGACUCAGGCUGCACCCUGGGCUCUCCCCUCUUUGGGGCACAGGGGCUUCCAGGCCUGGGGUCCUGCCUCGUGACCACAGCAGCCCCCGGAGCAGAGGCCGUGGGAGCGGGUGGUGCAGGCCAGCAGGGGGCGGAGUCCCUGACCCUCCCCCCAAACCCACCCUGUCCUCUGAGCAUCCUUCCAGGCCAAAGUGUCCUGCAUCUCGGUCUGUUUGACCCUGCUGCCCGCUAACACGGAGGGGGUGAUGGGUUGGGGGGGACUCAGUACGGGGGGGCACCAGGACCAAUGUGGACCACCCCCAUCCACGGAGGCAGACCCUCCCCUUGUCUUUUUCGUUGGUUUCCAUUUCUUGCCCCCCUAGAGUAGCUCUUUGUAUAUAAGAAAUACUUGAAGACGCCCUUGGACCCCGUGUGAGACGCCCAGAGGCCCUAGUUUUGUACGCGUCUGACUGCCGUGAUCCCCCCCACCAGAAAGCCGCUCUAUUUUGGUCUCUGACAUUUGAAAUGCGUGACGGAAGUGAGCAAAUAAAGUGAGAAAGAGUCUAUA